AUGGAUUGCCAAUCUGAGACAGAAACAGCUGUCGUGAAGUUCCCUCUAGGCACGGAUUCUGCUGAGGGACCGGGCAAAACGUCAUUCGCUGCUAAGCCGCAGCAGGAGCUGGUGAAUAGAGAGACGUAUUAUCAGUACCUAGCGAAGCGUUCUGUUGAUUCAGCUGCAGGCGGCGAUGCCUCAGGAACAUCUAGCAGUUGGGCCGUGCAGAUACCUCCCCUACGAAAGUCUUCAAUUGGUGCCGUUUCAUCAACGUCUGCUUUGCGUAUGUGUUUGGCAACGCCAUUGCCGGGGAGCCCUACAACGAAUUGGCGCGUGGGAGCAAACUUAACAGGAAGUGACAUAGCCGCUGCCGAUACACUGCCACCACUAUCUACCGCGGAGGGACGCAAGGGAUCGAAGGAAGUCAACUCACCAGCUGAGCUGUCCACUGUCUGCAGCUCGGACGGAUGCACGGCAGUUGAACGAUUUCGACCGUCAUUGCCGCGUACCGUCCCUGGAGUACCUCCGGCGACUGGUGUUACUGAGGGAUCGAGUGACGCCUGUUCUAGCUCGCUUGCGGCCACAGAAAAGUAUUCCCACGCACAGCAGUCACAAUCAUUUACCCCCAGCAUAACAACGGCGGGUGUCACAAGUUCCGAUGCAUGCAGCACUGUGUCACACGAAGACCGAACGCAGGUGUCUCGUUAUGAGUACGUCACCAGUCAGGUUGCAAGACUGGACCUCCUGGAAGCAUCGGGUGCGACCAUCAUUCCAAAGCAGAUGUGUGGACUACCACCGGCAGAAGUACAGCCUCAACAGUGCAGCCCGCUAUCUUCUGCUACAUGCAGUGAAACUCAAGAAGAGCAAACAAGCGACCAAAUGAAGGGUGAAACUUUAGGGACUGCAUUGGCACAUCUACAAAAACAGGAGCAGAGCUAUUCUGGGUCGAGUCACGUAUCUGCCUUGAGGACUGCUAGUCAGGGCUCAACAGAGCUAUCGCGAGACGCUGUGAAAGGAAAUCGAAAUUGUAUACGAUGUCUUGAAGGCCCAACUCAGAAGAAGCAACCCAGAGGCGAGUUGCCGUUGGCGUCUUAUUUCAGUGACGGCAGCGCGUUUCUAAGUGUUGCGGGAGCGGGUAAAGGCGUCGGGAUACGAAGGAGCUCAACUUUGGGGAGACGCCCCACAGACUUCACAGAAAUUAACAUUCGUGGAUCCCCCAUACCGAUCCAAUCGACAGCGCGCAGGGUGGAAAACGUGAGAGCGAUGUCAUCAUCUUGUAUAUACAAGACACAGCGGCCCUCGUCAUCGGCGGAAGGAAAGCGACUGUUCAAGGGGGCCCAAAGAAGAACCCCCACAUCGGCCGUGCAAGCAGGGCAUCUGUUUGGUAGGAGCCGGCGGCUACGAUUGAGGGAGCCGAAGCUGACGGCGCAAGCACUUCUACCUCAUCCUCGCUCUAAAGUGGAGGUCCACGUUCAGCAACCGAAAGCCUCAAGCUUUUUGGCGGAACGACGCACCGCCGUGCCGCCCUCUUGUAAGACGCAAGACCCGACCGGCACAUCUCGAGGGCACGCUAUUGCUAUUCAUUCAGCAGCACCGGCAUUUAGUAGGGCUGUAUCCCUUCAUUCUAGGAAUCACGGCCUUCCGUCACACAAAACAAACAACGAAAGGAGCUGGGCGGCGCUCGACGAUAUGGAAGCUAAGUGCUGUGACAAUUCUCGAACGAGCACGAAGGUACAAAACUGGGGUAAAGAUGAAGGGCCAUCACGAGUGCAGGACGUUUCGCUUCCCUUCCCCAGUGCAAGCUCCAGAACGCCGCAGAUGCGAGACGAAGGGAUGCAGUCAGAGCCCGGAAUAGUACAAACUAGAGGACGUGUGGCUUGCAGCGGCAGUGGCAAGCCAAGGCGGGCCGUUGGGAGGCUGCUCCCUCUCUUUCUUUUGGCCACCGCAGUGAACGUAGCACUGUGUUCAAGGGCUCCCUCUUCAGCAGAUCUGGAUCCUGAGGUAAUGCUGCCGGGAUAUUGGGUAACUCCGCAAACCAGUAGGGUGUAUCACGUUCGUCGAGUGGGCCGGAACGAUGGGUCUUCGGCGUUUGCAAUUGACGGGAGCUUGACUGCUUGCGGAGGUAGGGGGAUAUUAGACUCCGUACUUCAAAGGAGCGGGCUGCAGGACCGGAGGGCUGCAGCAAGCUCGGCAGCACAGCAGAAAGUUGCGUGGUUGCAACCGUUAUAUUGCAAAGCUUCGCAAGCUGCCAAAACUAGCUGCCUCCCAGGUAAGGGGCAGCGGGGAAAGUCUUUCUGUAGUGCUGCCAGUGGUUUGCUGUUUACUGCGUCUCACCCGAAGCAUCCCGUCCACGUUGCGCAGUUUGACCCGUCGUUGUCAGGAGCUCCAUACAACCUCUCAAUGCGUCGUGCAGUUCGCGUUGCAGCAGUGAAGCAGAAGUCGAGAGGUUCCAUUGAUAAGCGCUUCAAGAUUACUGCAACUGGGAAGCUGCUCUACAAACGACCUGGACUGCAGCACCAUGCGCACACGAAGUCUUCAGCAAGACGCACAAGACUGCGGCGCGUGGCAGCAUUGAAGCCAAGCCAGAUAUCACGGCUCUUGGGGCCUCUUCGAGUGCGCCGUUAG